AGUGGGUGUUGUUUGCUGACAACGGUGGUAUAAAUGCUCGACAGAUUUUAGCUAGCUCAAAGAUGUGCUCGAGACAUUUUGUACUAGGUCGUGAUUACUUAGGAGGAGCAUUUCCUCGCCGCCUGUUACCUGGAGCGGUGCCGUCUUUGGUAGUUCGACCGGUCAUUGAGAUUGUGGCACCGGGCGGCGAAGAAGGAGCGGACGUGGCAAUGGCUGAUGACAACGAGAUGGAGAUGGAAGUUGUUGAAGUCCAAAUGGACGACGACAAUGUUGAAGUCGUUGAAGUCCAGAUGGAUGAGGUAAUGAUGGACAUAGAUGAAGAACCAUUGCUACAGGAGGAAGUGGUACAAGGUGACAUUGAGUUUGUCGAUGUACUGCCUGCUGACGCAGAGGCAGUAUUUGAAUUCAGGGAUAUAUUCGACGUUUUACUACCAGACAUCGAUGAGGAGUUCAUGCCGAUUCCCCCGAGAAUGCCCAUCAGAGACCGUCCGGCUGGCAUUCAUCACGAACUUCCAGAGCGUCAUAACAUAGGGCAAUUGGAUGCAAUCUGCACGCAUUGUGGUGCACGUCACUUCUCAUGCGAGCGUACACUCACGAAUCAUCAUUUUACAACAUGUUGUAAUAAUGGUCAAAUGGCCGUUACAGGAGAACGUGUGCUGGGUCAACCACCUGAGUUAUUAAUUCGUUUGUUAGUUGAUGAUUCGCAGGUAGCUAAACAUUUUAGGAAAGAAAUCCGCCGGUACAACAACACUCUGGCAUUUGCUGCGUUCUCCACUGACCUUAACCCAGGACGUUUGCCAGGUCGUGGACCGAGAGUGUUCACCGUUCACGGGCAGGUGUACCGCAGGAUUAGCAAUGACGUUGUCAGAAAUGAGCUGAUGCAACCGAGAUACUGUGAGUUGUAUUUCAUUGAAUCCGGGGCAGCCAACCAGAUCCGCAUGGCACAACAGCCACGCCAACGACCACUAAUGGAAGACUUGCUUGCAGACUUAGAUAAUCUGUUACGGCAAAACAAUCCAUUCGCAGUGGCUUUCGAGUGUAAUGUUUCUCAGUCAGUUAAUUUAAACGAGGAAACAAAUAUUUUUGAACCUUCUGAUGAUUCAAAUGAUGUGUCUUAUGACUCGGACAAAGAUCCUCUUUGGAAAAUCGAUAAAAGCCAAAGCAAAUCUGUUAUUGAUGGUAUUAAUUGUAUAACACCUGAAAAACAUGCCUCUUCAUUAGUUAAUAAACCCAUUGAUGAUAUAGAACAUAUAAUUUCAUCUCCUGUUGGGACUUGGACGGUUGAAAAAAAUGAGGAUACACAAUUAUUAUAUAAAACAAGUUCUGAUCGAAAUAGAUCAUCUGGUAUUACAGCUAAUAUUUUAAAACUGCCACAAGAUACUACAAUUUUACAAAACCAGCCAAAUAUAUCUAAUGAUAUUAAGUUAUUCACAAAUUUUUCUUACAUCAAAUAUAUGAUACAUAUAUGCUCACAUUUCAACUUGGAAAAAUAA